AUGUCCAGGAAUGCAGGGCUGACUAUUGAAUCAAGAAGAACUGUUCCUUGGAUCAUUUGGACCCUGUGGAAAAAUAGGAAUAACCUUAUUUUUGAUGGUAAGGUCUUUCAUCAAUUUGAUAUGCUUGCUAAGAUCAAAGAUGACUCCGAUCAUUGGUUUUUGGCUCAACAAGUUCAAAAGGAAGAUGAGCAAAACACUAGCAAGGCAAACGCGGGGUUACACAAGGUAUGGAAGCCUCCGGACAAUCCUUGGCUCAAGUGCAACAUUGCUUCUUCUUGGGACAAACACAACAAGGUUGGAGGAGCUGCUUGGGUGCUUAGGAACUCUUUAGGUGUGGUCUUACUUCACAGCAGAUGUUCUUUCAGUGAGAUUGAAACAAAGCAGGAUGCGGAACUCAGUUGCUGGCUUUGGGCAAUAGAGAGUAUGCAUAGUCUCAAAAUCAGAAAUCUUCUUUUGUCUGCUGAAGAGAAGUAUCUAAUGGAUGCGGUGUUAAGGCCUGCAGCUUGGCCUUCCUAUUAUGCACAGUCCGAGUCCUUGUUAUUUGCUCUAAGUCACAUCCCGCGUUGGCAAAUUAUGUUUGAGGAGAGAUGCGCUAACAAAGGUGCUUUCCACAUUGCUCAAAGUGUGACACGGGAGGAUCGACGACAAUCAUACGUAGCUACCAGCUACCCUUUUUGGUUACAUGAUUUAUUUAGUGAAGAGAUGUAUACUACUUGA